UUGAGCACCUAAAAUUUGGGUUUGUCAUGUCUUUCGUGUUGGAAGCAAUAUAUCUAAGGUUGAAGUGCAAUGCUAUAACCAGCAUUAAAAAGGGGUUAUGAUGUCGGCGGGAACAUAACUACAACUGACAAUGUUAUCUGGCGUAUCUACUACUGAUAAAAAGACAACAUUUACGACCGUAUUUCACGGAUUACGACUAACCGCUAACAAAUAUGUAGGUAAUCUGGCACCUAUAUUUCCAGAGAGACUGGAAGCGCAAGAACUGAGCAUUAAAAUGUGGCGUAACAAAUAAUUGAUAAGUUUGACAGUUAUUUAAUUUUACAUAAUCAGAAUUGUACAGAAUGGCUUACUCAUCACUCAAACUUGUUGCAAGUGAUCCAGCCUGCAUACUUCAACUGUGCUCAACUUUAUAUGACAGAAAUGCUCCAGAAAUACAGAUAAAGAUAAAUAACUAUCUUAAAAAUCAGACUGGAUCAUCAACAGUAAUUUUGGUCCCACUAUUAAGGGAAACCGAAGAAGCAUUGGUUCAGGUAAUCGGCGAACAAGUUCUGCAACAGGAAAUGAGAUUUCCCUUGCCUGAUGACGUUCUUAAUGUGGCAGUAAAACAUCAGCAUUCUCUUGAGGGAAUUCCAUCCGCACUGGAUUUAGAACUUUUAAAGAACUUUCGCAGAAUUAUCAGACCUGAACCUAGAACAUUUCUUAAUGUGCCAGUUCUUCAUCCUGAGGAAAACUUCGCAGUUCUCAUCGUCUGCCUUUUCGACUACGAUGAAAAGGGAAUGACUGAGUCUGCGUGUACUCACCUGGUGACAGAACUGUUUCAUUACUGUCUCGGUACUGUGCUGAAUACAUUUGCGUAUGAGGAGGAGAAACAAAUGAGGCUGCAGUGCCAGUCCAUGUUGGCCGUCGCAAAGAACAUUUUUUCUCGCUUGGGUGACCUGACAGAUUUGUUACGAGAAAUUAUGGUGGAGGCACGGAAACUUACAAAUGCUGAGAGAUGCUCAAUAUUUCUGCUAGAUUCAGAACACAAUCAUUUGGUGGCUAAAAUUUUUGACGGAGAAUCAUCAACAGAGACACUGAAGGAAAUGCGCAUAGCCAAGGACCAGGGUAUUGCAGGACAUGUGGCGACUACUGGAGAGCUACUGAACAUUCGUAAUGCCUACACACACCCACUGUUUUAUAAGGGUAUUGAUGACAUUACUGGUUUCAAGACAAGGAACAUUCUGUGUUUCCCGAUUCGUAAAGAUAAGGACAUCAUCGGCGUAGCCCAACUCUGCAAUAAGAAGAAUGGCCUUUAUUUUGAUGUGUUUGAUGAAGAGGUUGCCAUGGCAUUCAGCAUUUAUUGUGGCAUCAGCAUUAUGCACAGUUUAGUCUACAGGAAGAUACAGGAAGCACAGGCUAGGAAUCAGCUGAUAAAUGAGCUCAUGAUAUAUCAUAUGAAGGUUAGUGAUGAAGAUGUUGAUCAUCUGCUGUCCUGUUCCAAUAGUCACGACGUACCCAACUUCAAUGACUUUAGAUUCUCACCUCGCUCACUGCCGUGGGAAGAGAUGGCCUGUUACACUCUCCUGAUGUUUACGGAUCUGGAACUCGAUGAAUUAUUUAACAUUAAACGUGAAACACUCGCAAGAUUCAUUCUUUUCGUCAAGAAGGGUUAUCGAGACAUUCCGUACCAUAACUGGAGACAGAUUAAGAAUUUGGACCUUAUAAAGCGUGGAUACAUGACACCCCUGGAAUGCCUAGCAUUUAUGGUAUCAUGUAUUUGUCAUGAUUUGGAUCACCGGGGAACAACCAACUCAUUCCAGACGCAGUCUGGCACCGUACUUGCCAACCUGUAUAGCUCCGAAGGUUCUGUUAUGGAGAGACACCAUUUUGCUCAAGCGGUGUGCAUGCUUAACACAGAAGGUUGCAACAUACUGGACGGAAUUCCACGUGAACAGUACACAAAGUGUUUGGAUGUAAUCAGGGACCUGAUCUUAGCAACGGAUCUUGCAUCCCACUUCAGAGUUUUCAAAGAGCAAGAGAAGCUUCUGGUUGAAUUCCAGGAGCACAAAGAAGAUCAGAGACGCCUGCUUCUCUGUCUUUUUAUGAGUGCAUGUGACCUCAGUGACCAGACCAAGGACUGGUCAGUGGCAAGGCAAACAGCUGACUUGAUAUACAAGGAGUUCUUCACCCAGGGAGACCUGGAGAAGACAAUGGGUACGAGCCCGGCUGAAUCAAUGGACCGUGACAAGGCCUACAUUCCAACGUUGCAGAUACAGUUCCUAGACAACAUUGUUAUUCCAUUAUAUGGGCUUAUUUCUCAAUUAUUUCCAGAAGCAGAGUGUCUGGUGAAAGCAUCAAAGCUGAACCGAGAAGGUUGGACGACAGCAGAUGUUCUUUUCUCUGCGCAGUGGCGUAAAGGAGGUCACGAGUUGCUGUCGGACCCAAAUCUUGAUGAGCAAGUGAUGGCGAAUAUGAAGCACCGAUGUAGCAUUCAAAAUUCUGAGUGACAAUGGCGCAAACAGUUGUGAACUACCACACAGCUGAAAUGGUCUUUAAACCUUUGUUACUCCUAUCGUAGUAGAGCGUAGCAAAAUUAAAAAUCCCCUUCCCGUUGUAAUGUAGAAAACUGUAGUAAAGUCUUUUAAAUAUCUGGAAAUAGUGUCCACUUAGGGCCAUGCACUAGCGACUUUAAUGGAACAGGUAAAGGAUUAGCUGUACUGCGGACAUGUCUGUGAAACUAUCACGUUAUUUAGGAUAGGAGAUACUAAUAUAUCACUCCUCAGUACAAAGUUUCAUAAUUAUCUUUUUAAAAUGCUUGCUUAGCUGUUAACUUAAACAAUUUAUAUUUCAGUUCCCUGUAUUUCCCACUUCAGGUGUAAGAAACCUGGAUACGGUCUGUGGUCGAGUGGAUAUAUUUUUUGGCCACAAGCCCUUGGUGGGUUUUUAAUUUCUUGUUAUAUAUUCUCUUAUGUUUAAAUAGUCAUACUACUUCCGUUUAUUUUACUUAUGUACCUGUGGCUUCACACUAUUGCAAAAUGAGUAUCCAGGUUACGAUUUUCCGAAUUCAUUUGCGUAUGGCCACCGAGAUAGAAAGUGGUGGGUAGGUGUGAAAGGAAUUAAAUAAAUGUCAUGCAGAAGCAUGGAGGAAUAAACAUUUGCAAAAUUAAUUAAAAAGUGCCUCCUAUAACAUCUUACCAGACAUUUGUGAUGAGCAGUGCCAUAUAUUGCAUAUAAAUAUUGUUAUAAUUAAUUUAGUUACAUUAACAGUUAAUUACAAAUAAUAUUAACAUAAUUUUAAAUAUUUUGUACCAGAAUUGGCCUGCAGCGAAGUCUUGUAUUUUUUAAUGUAGCCCAUGUUCAAAAAAGCCCUUCACAAACCGUAUGAGAUUCGAUGUUCUCACAGUAGUCAAGACGUUAAUGUUGGUAUUCUAGUUAGUAAUUCAGUGUGUCCUGAAGAUGGAAACUGUAUGUUCCUCCAAAACAUUGAUAUAUACCUACAAGUCCAUACAGUGUUACUGUCCAGAAGACCAACAUUGACUACACAGUCCAGUCUUGUGAAAUUUCUCAUCUCUGCAGUAUACAUAACCUCACUUAAAGUCUCUUAAACCUCUACAUUAAUUUCUGACAUCGCUCUAUUGCAAAUAUAUAAAUGAAGUUCUCCACAGACAGUGUCAGCUUAUGUGCUGUGGCCAUUUAUGCAUGUUAAGCCAGCACAGAAUAAGAUAUACAUUUUGACAUAUUGUAUAGAAAUUAGCAAGAAAGUGUCUCGUAACUGGAAGUAGGAAAUGUGCUAGUGUCUCAGAUUUGUUACGUAAUUAUAGCCAGUCAUCACAUUUGGUUCUGAUGCUGAAAUGUAACAUCGCAUCUUACACUUGAGAAAGUGUAAAUGAGAAUAUUACUAGUCCAUUUUCUGGUUCGUCAUCUUGUCUGCUGGCGUUUAUAGACAGUAUUAACGUCAAUUGUCUGAGUACUGUGCCAUUAUAAUUUGCUGUUGCCAGGGUAAAGUUACGUAUUGUCGACAAGAGGAAAGUGUAGAUGAUUGCUUUUAGGGUGACAGUGCUGAGGGAACUUGGAGUGCCAUUAACUCUGAGCCCUCUCAUGUCCUUCAGGCCACAUCUGUUAAUUUCUUUCAGAGACAGUAAGUUGUAAGAGUUCAGGAAAUGAAAAGCAAUUUUUGGGAAGACUUCACAAAACAGGCUUUUUCAAAAACAUUUAUGACUGAUUAUACAGUUUACACAUUUCUGUAAAGUUUAGAUUCUAGUUAUUUUCUAAAUUACUGAUAAUUUUAAAUAUGAGUCAUGAAAACAGAAUUAUAUUUCAUUUGUGAUUUACCUUCCCAUUGGCAAGUUGUGGGCUGACUGUAGAGACUCGUAUAACUGUCAUUUUUACGCUUUUGUAAGAAAAAUAAUGACAGUUGUGUGCUGACUUCUAAGUCUCAUGACAUACGUGAAAUACUCUUCGUGUAUGAGAGGAAUUUACUUCUUCCUUCCUUUCUGAAUGUCUUUAAUGUCUGCUGUUACGCAAUAUUUUGAAAGUACAAAUUUCUCGGUACUAAACCAGAGAGAAAGAGCUCACUUAAAAUUGCAAAAAAUGAAUUGAAAUGAACUGAGUGGAAUGAAUUGCAAAAUUAAAUAGUAACAGAAAGUAAAUAGAAAAAUAAUGUGCGGUGUGGGCAUAUAUCUUUGUUACUUAAUAUUGAUAAAUCAUCUUCAAGGUUGAUGGCCUACUCAGAGUAAACAUGAAAAAACUGAGGUUCUCGAUGUCAUUGUCAGUCUCGUGGGUUGUGAUGCUUCCGUGUUCAGCCCUGAACGUGGAGGCAGCGUAUCUGUCUGAACCCAGAAGGCCACCAUUGACAUGAAGAAAGAAUCAGAAAAUAUAUAGAUGGCCUAAAUAAGUGUUUUUGAUUCUCUUUCGGUCCAAAUACCCUUGCUUGUACCCCUUUUCAGUAAAUUACAAGAACGGUAUACUCGUACAUGUACCUUCCCAUUUUAAACAGACUUUGUUUUAUGUUUGGCAGUGUUUGAAAUAUAUAUUACAUGUAUACCGCUGGUUGAGAAUUGCCAGCUAAAACAAUCAAGUCAUUGAACACCAAGUUGACAAGUGGAAGAAGUAUAACUUAAACACAGUAUAUACAAUAAUUUUAUAAAGUGAUGUAAGGAAAGUAUUUUAACAAAAUUUUUGGGUUGUGCAACACACCCUAUGAUUAGAUUGUUGUGAUAUAUUUCCUUAUUUUUAAAAGUUUUACAUCACGUACUUUAAUUGUUAAAGACCUAGUAUAAUACUUCUUUUUGACAUUGUCUCAUGUAUUGGUGUGAAAAUAAUUGUUGUUCAGAUUAUGUAGCUGUUUGAUGGAUACUGUUCUUAGAAAGUACAAAUAUUCUGAAACUA